CGUGCGAGUCCGGGAGGGAAGCGGUGGCGGCGGCAGGAAGGGCGCCAGCUGCGGCGGCAGCUUCGGCGGCGGCGGGUGUCUGCUCGGUGGUCCGUCCGGCAGUCCCCAGCCCCAGGACGGAGGACGUAGUCCCGAGCGGCCCCGCAGCCCCGGGCGCUGGCUGGGACGAGCCAGCGCCUCCGGCCGCAGGACGGGCCCGGGGCGGGAUGUAGGGCGCUGGCGCGGAGGCCGCCGGCGCGGCGGGGACAGCGCGGAGGGCGCGCCGAGGAUGGAGAGAGCGAUGGAGCAGCUCAAUCGCCUGACGCGCUCGCUGCGCCGCGCGCGCACCGUGGAGCUGCCGGACGAUAAUGAAACUGCUGUUUAUACAUUAAUGCCAAUGGUCAUGGCUGAUCAACACAGGUCUGUUUCUGAACUACUAUCAAAUUCAAAGUUUGAUGUCAAUUAUGCAUUUGGACGUGUGAAAAGAAGCUUGCUUCACAUUGCAGCAAACUGUGGAUCGGUGGAAUGCUUGGUUCUGCUGUUGAAGAAAGGAGCAAAUCCAAACUAUCAAGAUAUCUCAGGCUGUACGCCCCUGCAUUUGGCAGCUAGAAAUGGGCAGAAGAAAUGCAUGAGUAAAUUAUUAGAAUACAGUGCUGAUGUCAACAUUUGUAAUAAUGAAGGCCUUACAGCAAUACACUGGCUGGCUGUGAAUGGGCGGACAGAACUACUCCAUGACCUUGUACAGCACGUCAGUGACGUUGACGUUGAGGACGCCAUGGGGCAGACGGCGCUGCAUGUGGCCUGCCAGAAUGGUCACAAGACGACAGUGCAGUGCUUGCUAGACAGUGGUGCCGAUAUUAACAGGCCAAAUGUGUCAGGAGCCACUCCACUGUACUUUGCUUGCAGCCAUGGUCAGAGAGACACAGCCCAGAUUCUUCUAUUACGAGGAGCCAAAUAUCUGCCAGAUAAAAAUGGAGUAACCCCUCUGGAUUUGUGUGUACAGGGUGGAUAUGGGGAGACGUGUGAAGUGUUAAUUCAGUAUCACCCUAGGCUUUUCCAGACAAUUAUUCAAAUGACACAGAAUGAAGAUCUCCGAGAAAACAUGUUACGGCAAGUUCUGGAACAUUUGUCUCAACAAAGUGAAAGCCAGUACCUGAAGAUUCUAACAAGCCUUGCUGAAGUGGCCACAACAAAUGGUCAUAAACUGCUUAGCCUAUCUAGUAAUUAUGAUGCCCAAAUGAAGAGCCUUUUAAGGAUUGUGAGGAUAUUUUGUCAUGUCUUCCGAAUUGGUCCAUCCUCUCCCAGUAAUGGAAUCGAUAUGGGCUACAACGGGAAUAAAACUCCAAGAAGCCAGGUGUUCAAGCCUCUUGAAUUGCUUUGGCACUCAUUAGAUGAGUGGCUAGUUUUAAUAGCUACAGAAUUGAUGAAAAACAAAAAGGACUCGACGGAUAUCACUUCUAUUUUACUGAAACAGAAAGGCCAAGAUCAAGAUGGUGCUUCCAUUCCUCCAUUUGAACCUCCAGGAGCCGGGAGCUAUGAAAAUCUAUCCCCUGGCACAGGGGAAUCUAAACCAGAUGGUCUUGGAGGGAAGCAGGAAGCCAGUGCAGACUGUCAGGAUGUGAUUUCCAUGACAGCCAACCGGCUAAGUGCUGUCAUUCAAGCUUUUUACAUGUGCUGUUCUUGUCAGAUGCCUCCAGGAAUGACUUCACCCCGUUUCAUUGAAUUUGUCUGCAAACAUGAUGAAGUUUUAAAAUGCUUUGUUAACAGAAAUCCCAAAAUUAUAUUUGACCACUUUCACUUUCUUCUUGAAUGUCCUGAAUUGAUGUCAAGAUUCAUGCAUAUCAUAAAAGCACAGCCAUUUAAAGAUCGCUGCGAAUGGUUCUAUGAACAUUUGCAUUCAGGACACCCGGAUUCAGACAUGGUGCACAGGCCAGUGAAUGAAAACGAUAUCCUGCUGGUUCACAGAGAUUCUAUUUUUAGGAGUAGCUGUGAAGUUGUGUCAAAAGCCAACUGUGCAAAGCUAAAGCAAGGAAUUGCUGUACGGUUCCAUGGAGAAGAAGGCAUGGGUCAAGGUGUUGUGCGUGAGUGGUUUGAUAUUCUGUCUAAUGAAAUAGUCAAUCCCGAUUAUGCAUUGUUUACCCAGUCAGCUGAUGGAACAACUUUUCAGCCUAAUAGCAACUCCUAUGUCAAUCCUGAUCACUUGAACUAUUUCCGGUUUGCUGGGCAGAUCUUGGGAUUAGCUUUGAACCAUAGGCAGCUGGUCAACAUUUACUUCACAAGGUCAUUCUACAAGCACAUUCUUGGUAUUCCUGUAAAUUACCAAGAUGUGGCAUCCAUUGAUCCAGAAUAUGCCAAAAAUUUGCAGUGGAUUUUAGAUAAUGAUAUCAGUGAUCUGGGUCUAGAAUUAACAUUUUCUGUGGAGACUGAUGUGUUUGGAGCAAUGGAAGAGGUGCCUUUGAAACCUGGAGGUGGAAGUAUUCUUGUGACACAAAAUAACAAAGCGGAGUAUGUCCAGCUUGUUACUGAACUUCGAAUGACAAGAGCCAUCCAGCCUCAGAUCAAUGCUUUUUUACAGGGCUUUCAUAUGUUCAUUCCGCCGUCCCUCAUACAACUCUUCGAUGAAUACGAGUUGGAGCUGCUGCUUUCUGGCAUGCCAGAAAUUGACGUGAGUGAUUGGAUGAAAAAUACAGAAUACACCAGUGGCUAUGAAAGAGAAGAUCCGGUUAUUCAGUGGUUCUGGGAAGUGGUGGAAGACAUUACUCCAGAGGAGCGAGUUCUUCUCCUGCAGUUUGUUACUGGCAGCUCCAGGGUCCCACACGGUGGAUUUGCUAAUAUCAUGGGUGGAAGUGGAUUGCAAAACUUCACAAUUGCUGCUGUGCCAUAUACUCCAAAUCUCCUACCAACCUCAAGCACAUGCACGGCCACCAACAGAUGAGUAGUAUGGUUACACAACCAGGAACUGAACCCAGGCCCUGGAAGAGCAUGCUGAACUUUUACCACCAGGCCAUUGAGGCCAGCCCAGUUUUCCCUUUUUUUUAAUAACAAAAGUGGUACUUUCUUGAAGUGGGGAAAUCUGGAAAGCAUGGAUUCAUGUACCAACUUGGAAAAAAUAAUAAAUUAUAGUUCUACUACUCAACAAGUUGUAUUUGCUUCUAGUCUUUCUCAAUGCAUUUAUUCCGUGGUUGAGUUCAUAAAAAACAUAGCAUUUAGUAUCUUUUUUUAUUUAUUCAGCAUUGUAUUUUAAACAUUUCACAUGUCAUCACAACUUACUUGUAAACGUUUUUUAAAUGGUGGCGUAAUAUUCUAUUGUGUGGGUGUAUCAUAAUUUACUUGACCAUGUCUCUAAAGUUUUUAGCCCUUAGAUUUCUGAUAUUUUUGCUUUUGUAAAUAACAGGUGAUCUUUUUCAACACCAGUUAUAGUCGAGGAGUGGUAAUGUUUACUGGGCUAUUUGUUGAAAUGGCUGUCAGUUGCUCCGUGGUUGUGGAAUUACUGUUUGAAGGCUCGAGAAUGGGCUGUUGGAACACUGAACCCUUUGGUAGGUCAGACCAGAUGGGAUUGUUCUACCAGCACAACUGGGGCUGUGUGCCCCACCCGAGUGUGAAAGUGUUAAAAAGAGAAUCACAAAGGUGUGACCAAGGUACAUUCAUUUGAGUAAUUGCUUGCUUCCGGUCUUCUUCCCAAGAAUAGGGAAGGAAACUCAUCUUCAAAUGAACCAAGCCCCUUCCUCAGGACCCAGAACUUCAGCGUUUCCUAGUAUGUUACAUAGCUCAGCUACAUCAGGAGUCAUGCUCUUAUGGGUUAAACUAGAAACCUAACCUCCAUUGAUAAAGUUUCCCAGAAAUGGACUUACAUGGUGUUGGACUGCAACCCUUUUGUCAUUUGGAGAAUUUAUAUAUAACAGUUGUCUCUGUGAAUGCGUUUUUAGCUGAUAAUAAAAUUUUGGUUAUUUUCACCACAAUUUCGGUGUAUGGCAGUAUAUCAGAUUUUUUUUCAUGUGAAACACUCUUCUUUCUUGUGCACUUCCACAGUUGUUAGGCAGCAAAACUCACUUUUAAGGUUAACAAUAGUAUCAGAAAUCCCAAUUUUAUAGUGUGGUUUAAAGCUGUUUUAAUGUGGACAGAUUUCCUUAGAAUGUCCUUUGUGAAAUUCUUAGGUCCUGGGUUAUGGUUACCUGCCUAUAGGUCCAGUGCAAAUUGGCACAAAUUUAUUUAAUUUAUAAUCAGUCCUCAUUAUUUUACCAAUGAGAAAAUUGAAGAACAGAGAGGUGGUAACUUGCUUAAGGGUUUCAGGGCUAUUUAACCAAACUAGAAUUUAAACCUAGAUUUUCUGAUUCUUAGUCCACUAGGUUUUCUUUUACUCCAUGCUGUCUCUUUAUGACAUAACUGCAUAAUAAAAAGACUCUUUUAGAAAAACACCUGCAGCCUAUUAACAGUCAUGUAAGACAAGCCUGUUGGGAAACUAUAACUUAAUAAGCUGAUAGUUAAGAAUGAUUAAUAGGACUAUAUUUCUUCUCUCCCACUGUGCCACAAUAAGCUAGGGUGGGUAUUUUACCAUCUCAAGAUGAAAAAGAACAGAUGUAUUGUCAGAUCAUAGAUCAUGGGUAGUCAUUAACUUUUAUUAUCUUUAUAAAAAUGUUCAAUUUCAAGCAUACUUGGUACUUGGAAAUACGUUGUGCAUCUAAUGUUGCAAAACCAUUAAAACCAUAAACGGAGA